UGAUUGGCGGCCGGCUUGAAUCGGCGAGCGGUUGGAAUGCGUUCCUGACUUUCAAACAGCGGCGGGAACGGUAGAGGUGCUCGGGCCUUGGUCGACUUCGCUCCGGCUGGCUCGUCUCUCCUCGUUUCGUGUGUCGGCUGAAGUGUGAAUACUAGAAUGGAUGAUUAUGUGAAGAUAGAGAAAAUUGGUGAAGGUACCUAUGGGGUUGUUUAUAAAGGCCGCCAUAAAACUACCCAGCAGAUAGUGGCCAUGAAGAAAAUCCGAUUGGAGAGUGAAGAGGAAGGUGUUCCCAGCACUGCAAUCAGAGAGAUUUCUCUUUUGAAAGAACUACAGCAUCCGAAUAUAGUAUGCCUUCAAGAUAUAUUAAUGCAGGAUGCAAGGCUAUACCUUAUAUUUGAAUUUCUUUCAAUGGACCUGAAAAAGUACUUGGAUUCCUUGCCUUCUCGUCAGUUGAUGGACCAAAUGCUAGUUAAGAGUUAUCUAUACCAGAUCACACAAGGGAUUGCCUUUUGUCACUCAAGGCGGGUUUUGCACAGAGACCUGAAGCCUCAGAAUUUACUGAUUGAUAGUAAAGGAGUUAUUAAGUUGGCCGACUUUGGUCUGGCUCGUGCCUUUGGAGUCCCUGUCAGAGUUUAUACACAUGAAGUGGUGACACUGUGGUACAGAGCUCCUGAAGUACUGCUGGGCUCUGCUCGCUACUCAACUCCUGUGGAUAUCUGGAGUAUUGGUACAAUAUUUGCUGAAAUGGCUACCAAGCGACCUCUCUUUCAUGGAGACUCGGAGAUUGAUCAACUUUUCAGAAUUUUCAGGACGCUAGGUACACCAAACAAUGACAUUUGGCCAGAUGUUGAAACAUUACCAGACUACAAGAAUACCUUCCCCAAGUGGAAACCAGGAAAUUUGUCUCAAGUGAAGAAUUUAGAUCAGAAUGGCCUUGACCUGCUAGCGAAAACAUUGACUUAUGACCCUACCAGAAGAAUCUCUGCAAAGGAAGCUUUGUUUCACCCAUAUUUUGAUGACUUGGAUAAGUCUAGUCUUCCUGCCAAUGUUUUCAGGAAGUAAUUCCUGAAGGUUGGUUACUGUCUCUGUCUGAUAGCAACGCUAUUGUCAAUCAUUGAGAAUUCAUUUUCAGUUUUUUAAUUCUGGUUACAACUAUAACUGUAUUGAAGAUGUGCUGUAGACUUAUUUGUGUGUAUCCAUGUAUUUUUUUUUUCCCUUCUGGCUAUCCUCAAUAGCUACACAAUUGUUUUUGUACUUGUAUAAUUGUAAAUAUAAAUAAAGUCAAAUUUGCACCAUAUUCUUGGAUUUAUAAGAUA